AUAUGUAAAGGAACUAUUAUGAGAUUGAAAACUCCCCCCCCCUUCCCAAUAUAAUUUUCAAAAUAGAUCACUGUGUUCCAUAUUGGAUCUGAUGAGCAUCAAGAUAUUGAUGUUGCAAUCCUUACAGCGCUGCUAAAAGGCACAAAUGCUUCUGCGUUUGACCAGCUUGUCCUUACACUUGCGUGGGACAGAGUUGACAUUGCCAAAAACCAUGUUUUUUUAUGGACAGCAGUGGCUGGUUGGGUCUUUGGAACAAGCUAUGUUAGAUGCCCUUGUUAUGGAUAGAGUUGCCUUUGUGAAACUUCUUAUUGAAAAUGGAGUGAGCAUGCACAAAUUUCUUACAAUUCCCAGACUGGAAGAACUUUACAACACUAAACAAGGCCCAACAAAUCCAGCAUUGCUACAUCUUGUUCGAGAUGUCAAACAGGGAAACCUUCCUCCUGGAUAUAAACUCACUUUGAUUGAUGUGGGGCUUGUUGUGGAAUAUUUGAUGGGAGGAACCUACAGAUGCACCUACACACGAAAACGCUUCAGAGUGAUAUACAACAGUCUCAGUGGCAGCAAUCGGCGGUCUGGGCGAAAUGCUUCAGGCAGCACCCCUCAAUUGCGUAAAAGCCACGAACCUUUUGGUAACAGGGUGGAUAAGAAAGAGAAAAUGCGACAUAAUCACUUCAUCAAAACUGCCCAGCCUUACAAACCAAAGGCCGAUAACACUGCAGAAGAAGGAAAAAAGAAGCAAAAAGAUGACAUAGUAGAUAUUGAUGAUCCAGAAACAAGGCGCUUUCCUUACCCUCUGAAUGAGUUGCUACUGUGGGCAGUACUAAUGAAGAGGCAAAAAAUGGCUCUUUUUUUCUGGCAACAUGGUGAAGAAUCCAUGGCGAAAGCCUUAGUGGCCUGCAAGCUAUAUCGUUCAAUGGCCUAUGAAUCAAAACAAAGUGACCUUGUUGACGAUACCUCGGAAGAACUGAAACAGUAUUCAAAUGAGUUUGGGCAGCUGGCAGUUGAGCUAUUAGAACAGUCAUUCCGACAAGAUGAAACUAUGGCUAUGAAGUUGCUAACUUACGAGCUAAAAAACUGGAGUAAUGCCACCUGCCUUAAACUAGCAGUGUCUUCACGGCUUCGCCCUUUCGUAGCUCAUACUUGUACACAAAUGUUGUUGUCUGAUAUGUGGAUGGGAAGGCUGAACAUGAGGAAGAAUUCAUGGUACAAGGUAAUAUUGAGCAUCUUAAUUCCCCCUACCAUACUAAUGCUAGAAUACAAAACCAAGGCAGAAAUGUCCCAUAUUCCACAGUCUCAAGAUGCACAUCAAAUGACUAUGGAAGACAGUGAAAACAACUUUCAAAAUAUAGCGGAAGAGAUACCAAUGGAAGUGUUUAAAGAAGUAAGGGUCUUGGACAGUACAGAAGGAAAGCAUGACAUGGAGGCAACAAUAAAACCCAAGAGGCUUCCCAUUACGCGAAAGUUUUAUGCCUUCUAUCAUGCACCAAUAGUGAAAUUCUGGUUUAACACGUUGGCCUACUUAGGAUUUCUGAUGCUUUAUACAUUUGUGAUUCUUGUGAAAAUGGAAGAGCUGCCCUCAAUUCAAGAAUGGAUUGUCAUUGCAUAUAUUUUCACCUUGGCUGUUGAGAAGAUUCGUGAGAUCUUUAUGUCAGAGGCGGGCAAGAUCAGUCAAAAGACUAAAGUGUGGUUUAAUGAUUACUUCAAUGUCAGUGAUACUGUAGCCAUUAUCACAUUCUUCAUUGGUUUUGGACUAAGAUUUGGAGCACAGGGAAACUUCAGUGAAGAUACUUACAAUUCAAAUUACGUUUUUGUUGCUGGAAGGCUAACUUACUGCCUGAAUAUCUUUUGGUAUGUGAGAUUACUGGAUUUUUUGGCUGUAAACCAACAUGCUGGACCUUAUGUCAUGAUGAUUGGGAAAAUGGUGGCCAACAUGUUUUACAUUGUAGUGAUUAUGGCACUUGUGCUGCUCAGUUUUGGAGUCCCCAGAAAGGCAAUACUUUAUCCUAAUGAAAAACCAUCCUGGGUUUUAGCAAGAGAUAUUGUCUUUAGGCCCUAUUGGAUGAUCUUUGGUGAAGUUUAUGCUUAUGAAAUUGAUGUAUGUGCAAAUGAUUCCCAAACAAUCAUACCAUGUGUUACUGGAGCAUGGCUGACACCCUUCCUUCAGGCCGUCUACCUUUUCCUGCAGUAUAUUAUUAUGGUUAAUCUUCUCAUCGCCUUUUUCAACAAUGUAUAUUUACAGGUGAAAGCAAUUUCCAACAUUGUGUGGAAAUACCAGCGUUAUCAUUUUGUUAUGGCAUAUCACGAGAAGCCUAUCCUGCCCCCUCCUCUUAUUAUUCUUAGUCAUUUGGCUUCCCUGUUCUGCUGUGUAUGCAAGCAGAGAAAGAAAGACAAAACUUCUGAUGGGCCAAAACUGUUUCUAACAGAAGAAGAUCAAAAGAAGCUUCAUGAGUUUGAAGAGUUGUGUGUUGAGAUGUAUUUCAAUGAAAAUGAUAAAUUCCAUUCUGGAAGUGAAGAGAGAAUUAGAGUUACUUCUGAACGCGUUGAGCAAAUGUGCAUCCAAAUCAAGGAGGUUAGUGACAGAGUCAACUAUAUCAAGCGUUCAUUGCACUCUCUCGAUACACAGAUUGGCCACUUGCAAGACCUCUCUGCUCUUACGGUGGAUACUUUGAAAACAUUAACUGCCCAGAAGGCUUCAGAAGCUAGCAAGGUUCAUAAUGAAAUUACACGAGAACUGAGUAUCUCAAAGCAUUUGGCACAAAACCCCAUUGAUGACGGUCCUUUAAGAUCUUCCAUGUGGAGAAAGCACAGCAUUGGCAAUGUAUUUGGUUCUUCUUUUCCUCAAGGAGGACUUGAGAGUAAUAAUGCUUUACUGUGCAACAUUUCUAUGCAAGAUGAAAGAGAUUCUGGACAUAAGAUGACUGGGCCCCCCAAGAGGGAUGAAUUCAACUUUCCAGAGGCAGGUUCCUCGGGCAGUGCCUUAAUUCCAAGAGCUCUAUCUCCCCCAGAACUUCGUCAAAGAGUACAGGGUACAGACUCAUCGAAAUGUAUUCAAAAGAAUAAAAAGACGGGCACUUCGUUAAACAGCAUGCCACAUCUAACAUCUUCGACAGCUAAAUUUUUCGUUAGCACUCCUUCUCAGCCCAGCUGUAAAAGCCAGUUAGAAAGUACCACAAAGGACGACCAGGUUAUAGUCCUUAAGGCUGCUGAUGGAGAGAAUGCUGUUGAAUUUGGUGCAUUUGUGGGUCACAGGGACAGCAUGGAAUUGCAACGAUUUAAAGAGACUGUGGCUAAGAGCAAAGAAAAAAGUGAUGAUAUUGAGGAGCAACAGGAAGAUUUCAAAAAAGCAAUUUUGGAAGGCAUCGAGACAACAAAGCAACAGGGUGGUAGUAAUGCAGAAGGCAACCUGAGGCCUGUCAGUUCAUGUGGUGGUUUUACCGACUACCAUAGAAGCUCAUUAGCAUUACUAUCAGAGCAAAUGCACAAUAAGAGCAGAAGACCAUCAGUUGAAGAGCCUCAUCAGGCAGAUUCCAAGGCUGCCUUACUCACAGAAUGGUUACAAGGUCGACCAUUGUAUAGCAAUCAAAUGUCUUCCGAGGAAGAUGCACUGAAUGGAAUUGCCUCUCCUUUUAAACCCAUCAUGGAUACCACCUACUACUAUUCAGCUGUUGAAAGAAAUAAUUUGAUGAGGUUAUCGCAAAGCAUACCGUUCACUCCUGUGCCUCCAAGAGGCGAACCAGUUACUGUGUAUCGUCUUGAAGAAAGCUCUCCCAACAUCUUGAACAACAGCAUGUCUUCCUGGUCUCAGUUGGGUCUCUGUGCCAAAAUAGAAUUCCUAAGCAAGGAGGAGAUGGGAGGAGGCUUGCGACGAGCCCUCAAGGUGGCCUGCACCUGGGCCGAGUAUGAUAUUCUGAAAUCAGGCCACCUUUAUAUCAUCAAAUCUUUUCUUCCGGAAGUUGUCAAUACUUGGUCAAGCAUUUACAAAGAAGACACAGUGUUACAUCUCUGUUUAAGAGAAAUUCAGCAACAGAGGGCUGCUCAGAAACUCACGUUUGCAUUCAAUCAGAUGAAGCCAAAAUCUAUUCCCUAUUCUCCAAGGUUCUUGGAAGCGUUCCUCUUAUAUUGUCACUCAGCUGGGCAGUGGUUUGCAGUUGAGGAGUGCAUGACAGGAGAAUUCAGAAAGUACAACAACAACAAUGGAGAUGAAAUAAUUCCAACCAACAUGCUAGAGGAGGUCAUGUUAGCCUUCAGCCACUGGACAUACGAAUAUACUCGAGGAGAGCUGUUGGUCCUUGACCUGCAAGGUGUUGGAGAAAAUUUGACAGAUCCUUCUGUGAUAAAAGCUGAAGAAAAAAGGUCAAGCGAUAUGGUAUUUGGUCCUGCAAAUCUGGGAGAAGAUGCCAUCAAAAAUUUCAGAGCUAAGCACCACUGCAACUCAUGCUGCAGGAAACUUAAGCUUCCAGACUUGAAGAGAAAUGACUACACACCCGAUAAAAUCCUACUGCCUCAAGAUGAUUCUCCAGAACUGACCAUUCGGCCUGGGAGCUGCACCAAAGAAUCGGACUCUGCCAGUUCCAGUCACCUCAUGCUGUAAAGAUACGCACAGCUCUCUGGCUCUAACCAAACCCUUUCGGAAGUCGCGGGGUUCGUUUGCCCUUCAUCAAAACAAAGGCAGCAUGAAAAAGGACCAAACUGUUUUGAUGGCGCUGGUACAGUUAACUGGCCACCGUUGAGUGGCCUAGCAUAAUGUGGGAAUCACCUCUGGAGGAGUAGCUGGCAGCUGCUGUUUUUUUUU